AUGGACAAAGGUUUCGUACCAGGUAGGACCAGUUCGGUCACAGAGGAGAUGGAGGGGAUAUGUGUGAUGCCAGAUAUGAGUAGCAUCAAGUCGGAACACCUAGGUGGGAGUGCGGACAACACAGGUGCGCAGAACGUGGCCAUGGGGAUCAAGUUCAUCCCGCCCAACCGCUUCGAUAUGAACGUGUGCUCAAGAUUCGUCAAGUCACUCAAAGAGGAGGACAGCAAAAACAUCCAGGACCAGGUCAACUCCGACUUGGAGGUGGCUUCUGUUUUAUUUAAAGGUGCCAACUAACUACCAACUGUUGACGCACUCAUUCGUAUUACAAUGUGAUUUCCAUAUUUUACCUUAGCCCAAAAUGUACUCUUAAGGUGCCUACCGUUACUCCUGAAGGUCCAAGGACCUUUUGUUAUUUUCAGAGGUAGACUGGCUCUGGCAGCCAAAAUCUCCAUCUAAACGUGAAUCGAUUCUCAAUCACGAUACGGUUCUAGAAACAUAAAGCCCUUUACUUUAAUAUCACAUUAAAAUAAUUUCACAACUGCUAAAUAUAACCGGCUUUAUCACAGUUACAGCCAACAGUACUUUUCACUGACACCACGUUUCUGGCGGCAUUCUUCCGUUACACACAGGUGUUGGGAGCAUGCUAGAAUCUAGAUAGCUAAUUAGCACAGGUGGUCCCUCGGUCUUCCGCAAACACGCGCUGUAACUUGGAGAAAUGGCCAUGUGGGAACAAACUCUAUAAAGGUAUUUAUGAAUGUACAAUUUUUUACAAUUCUUAUUUCUCACUGAUAUGAAAGGUAAGGUUCAAAUGCUUACAAAACCUUAGCGCAAGUGAUGCGUGUUAAUGUUCAGGCCGAGCGUUGGGGCUCUUAACAAAACUCCCCUGAAGAAGAUGCCUUCGCGUCGUCCAAUGAUUUAUGUGUAAUGUAAUGGAACUAAGAGUCAUGAUCAUGGGAAAAUUUGACCCCAGAUAAAUCAGGAGGUAUUUUACUGCUCAAUUGUUUGAUGCUGUGUCUCUUUUCCCUCUUUCAGCCGAGUGUAAUAUUCAGACGUCGCCCUCACCGGGAAUACAAGUGCGUCAUGUUUAUACCCCGUCCACCACCAAACACUUCUCCCCCAUCAAACAGUCGACAACACUCACCAACAAGCACCGUGGUAACGAGGUGUCCUCCACUCCUCUUCUGGUCCACUGUAAGUACCUGAGCUCACCCUAAGCUAAAGAAUGUGCUUUCUUUAUUGUUCAAUGUACACAGACUUCUAACAUGUCUUCUGCUUUAUUCCAACCCCUCUGAAAGAUAGAGGUCGGAGCAGUGGGCAUCUAUAUGACAGCUUCCAUCCUAGAUUUGUCACUCAUCACUUAGCCUCAAACAUAACUACCACACAAUACGUACCUGAAUCAAACAUUGAAUGAUGGCUGCUUGACCUCUGACCUAUGCGGCCUUUCCAGCCCUGUCCAUUCACCAGCUGGCAGCACAGGGAGAAAUGGUUUUCCUGGCCAGCAGGAUUGAACAAGGUGAGGAUGUCCUCAGGGUGGAGUUGUAUUGGUUUGUUUGUUGUUAUAUUGAUGUUGUCGGGUUCCUUAGAACCAUGCAGUCAAACAUACAGUGCCUUCGGAAAGUAUUCAGACACCUUGAUUUUCCCCACAUUUUGUUAGGUUACAGCCUUAUUCUAAAAUUGAUUCAAUAGUUCCCUCAUCAAAUCUACACACAAUACCCCAUAAUCACAAAGCAAAAACAGGUUAAGAAAUUGUUGCUAAUUUAUAAAAUAAAAACUGAAAUACUACAUUUACAUAAGUAUUCAGACCCUUUACUCAGUACUUUGUUGAAGCACAUUUGGCAGCGAUUACAGACUUGAGUCUUCUUGGGUAUGACGCUACAAGCUUGGCACACCUGUAUUUGCUGCACAGCUAUUUUCAGGUCUCUCCAGAGAUGUUCGAUCGGGUUCAAGUCCGGGCUCAGGCUGGGCCACUCAAGGACAUUCAGAGACUUGUCCCGAAGCCACUCCUGCGUUGUCUUGGCUGUGUGCUUAGGGUCGUUGUCCUGUUGGAAGGUGAACCUUCGCCACAGUCUGAGGUCCUGAGCGCUCUGGAGCAGGUUUUCAUCAAGGACCUCUCUGUACUUUGUUCCGUUCAUCUUUGCCUCGAUCCUGACUAGUCUCCCAGUCCCUGCCGCUGAAAAACAUCCCCACAGCAUGAUGCUGCCACCACCAUGCUUCACCGUAGGGAUGGUGCCAGGUUUCCUCCAGACGUGACGCUUGGCAUUCAGGCCAAAGACACAAUCCUGUCUCAGAGCUCUACGGACAAUUCCUUUGACCUCAUGGCUUGGUUUUUGCUCUGACAUGCACGAUCAGCUGUGGGACCUUAUAUAGACCGGUGUGUGCCUUUCCAAAUCAUGUCCAAUCAAUAGAACUUACCACAGGUGGACUCCAAUCAAGUUGUAGAAACGUCUCAAGGAUAAUCAAUGGAAACAGGAUGCAUCUGAGCUCAAUUUCAAGUCUCAUAGCAAAGGGUCUGAAUACUUAUGUAAAUAAGGUAUCUGUUUUCUAUUUUGAAUACAUUUGCAAACAUUUCAAAAAUCCUGUUUUCGCUUUGUCAUCAGGGGUACUGUGUGUAGAUUGCAGUUUUCAUAAAAAAAAACAAAAAACAAUUUUAGGUUAAGUCUGUAACGUAACAAAAUGUGGCAAAAGUCAAGGGGUAUGAAUACUUUCCGAAGGCACUGUAAUUAACAGUCGUUAAGAUAAGAACAAUAUGCACUCAAGAAUGUCUAUAUAGGGCUUCACUGGUUGACUAGAAAGAUGUGGAACAUGUUACUGAUUGCUUUGAUGUUGUUGUUUGUAUGGCUUUAGAGACAGUGAUUAACCUGCAGGAUGAGGAAGGCUUCACCCCCCUGAUGUGGGCCGCAGCACACGGACAGAUAGCAGUCGUAGAGUUCCUGCUUCAGAACGUAAGCACAAUGACGUGUUGAGACAAAUAACUCAGCAAACUACUUCAUUCAUUUGAACAACAUGGUACAGAGAUAUGCAGCAAAAUACAGUCAGAUAUUGUUUCAAAAUGCACAUACUACAUAAAACAGCAAAACACCACAAAUUGUUGAAAUCAUGUUUCGACUAUUAGCAAUGGGCCGUUUAGACCUGACUCUUUUCUCACUUAUGGUCUCUUCUAUGUUCUCUUCCUUUAGGGAGCGGACCCCAACCGGUUGGCUAAAGGCAGAGAGAGCGCUCUGUCUCUGGCAUGCAAUAAGGGAUACACAGACAUCGUUAAGAUGCUCAUCGGCUGUGGGGUGAACGCCAAUGAAUAUGACUGGGUAGGAAAGUUAGCUGAUUCAGGAUUUUUACCUGUAUUCUUGUGUAUGGCUUUAUGUAGACAAAUGGAUAUGCAUCCCCUAAAUCAGUGAUGUGAAUGUGGUGACGGUGGUGAGCUUCCCUUUCUGGGGGAGGCUGCCAGUUGUUGCCCGAAUGUGAUGCAGUGUUUGUGGGUUGGUUUCAGAACGGAGGGGCUCCCGUGCUCUACGCUGUCCAUGGGAACCAUGUACCCUGUGUGGAAAUCCUCCUGGGUAAGGACUGACUGGCUGGCUGACUGACAGACCUUCCACUCAGCUGAUAGACUGUACUUAUCAACAGCAGUGGCGGUUAUCUGAAACUGACUUUUUUUAUGUUAAAUUAUGUUUAGAUGUAGGCUGUAUUUUGGUGUAGACAGGUCUGUAAUCUGUCAUCUGAUGAAUUCAAACCUUUCCUGUCACAGAAAGUGGAGCCGACCCCACCAUCGAGUCCGACUCUGGCUUCAACGCUGUGGCAAUGGGCCAUAGGAAUGGUAUACAAAUAUGCAUCUCAUACAUAUCAUAUUUAGGCUAUAUACUUCUCAUCAUGAAGAACAGGUUCAAAUAUCAUGACUAUAUUUUCACUAAAGGGGUAUUAUACUCUAUGCAUACAUAGGCUAUGUAAAGCAGAAAUAUAGCAGUUCAUUACGUCUUAUGCCCGGUCUACUUUCAUAAAGAUAGAUGGUGCAGACAGACUAUUCUAUUAACUACAUAUUGGAAUAUUUUUCAAGAAACACAAGGGUAUAUGGUGACAGAGUUCCUUCUAGUCAGUGUAUAACAGUAGGCAGGUUUCACUGCGACAUGUGUAAUGGAAACAGCAGCUAUAGGAGAAAUGUUCUAAAGACCAACAUUUAUCUGUUCGACUGCUUGCUAAAUAAAAAUGUAACUACUGAACAAAUAUAAACACAACAUGUAAAGUGUUGGGCCGUUGUUUCAUGAGCUGAAAGCACAAAAAGCUUAUUUCUUGCAUUCUAUUCAUGCUGGCUUUCCCGGCCUACCUGAGACAGAGCCUGUAUGCCCUCCCACCACCUGUCAGCAAUUUGUUAAUGCACAAUUUGCCUAAAUGGAUAAUGGAAACACUCCAACCACUUCAUUUUUAUUAGACACUAGAUUUUUGCGAAAGUGUUAUUUUUAGGUGUGGCAUUACGUCCAGCUGUUUUUAAUCGACACAAGACCGUUACAUGGAAAUGCACCGUAUCAGGCAAUUGUCACAUCUAUUUUCUAUGUUGAAAUUUUCACACAAAAAUAAUCGCUGGACAAGUUAAUGGAAACAUGGCUAGUAACCCCCGCUCUCCCCUACCACAUCCUCUUACACAAUCAGACUUUGUGGUUUGAUACAAUUAUGCAAAUGUAGCCAGCUAAGAAUGAUCACCUGAUUCUAACAGGAUUCCGGUUCUGUUCCACUAGACCUGACUAGGAUCAGUCAAACCAGGAAGUCAACUGUUUAUGGUGUAUGCCAAGGCUAGACAUGUCAUCUGUUAUGGAAACAGAUCCCACCCAUUCAAGUCAUGCUCAAACUAAACCCAGUAGCUGUCUUGGAUAUUUGUACUCUGGUAUUAACAGAGACUUCAUGUUUAAAAUGGGUGUAAUUCAAUUAUCUCCCAGCUUGAGGAUAGCGUUCCUAUGUCCUUUUCUUUGUCAAUUCAGAUUAAGUAACCUAGCUUUCCUAUUGACCUUUAACCAACUCUACCAGAUACUUGCCUUUUUGUUUUCAUACAAUACUAAAACUUUCAGAUAGUUCCUUUUUUUUAUUACUUCCACAUCUCCAUCUUGCAUGAUUUCUCUGUGAAUUGGUAGGUGAUGGCUGAAAUGCCUCUAUUCUCUGAUCAGUUCAACAGGUGAUGGAGGCCCACCUACUGAAGCUGCUGAUGGGG